AUGUCUCUGGUCAACCUUGCCCACGUCUGUUCGCAUCUGAACAAUGCCUCCAAGGCCCGCCUUGGUCUCACAUCAGUUCCUCAUAGCAACCUACAUCUGAAAUUAUGCCUCGCCCUUCAAAACUCCGGGUACAUCUCUUCCGUUGUCCGUGGCGGUCCGACUCCUCCCCCGCCACAUACUCUUCUUGGUCACCCGGCAGCAAAUGAUGAGGCCCAGGGCGUGGAGCCAUUGACACAGGCCAACAUUGCCUCGAGACGAUUGUGGCUGGGAUUGAAGUACUGGCAAAGUGAACCGGUGCUGGGGAAAAUAAGCAUGAUCAGCAAGCCGACGAGAAGAAUCACGAUCGACGUUGCUGGACUUCGACGCGUGAUCCGGGGAGAGAAGAGUGACUAUGUGGAAGGGUUACGGUCGCCGGGCGAAAGCUUGUAUCUUUCAACAGACCGAGGAAUUUUGGAGGCGAGGGAGUGCGUCGAAAAGAAGCUGGGAGGAUUGGUCCUUUGCAGGAAAGACCAGCAAGAAGCCAACGUUGGUGGUAAGGUUGCACGUGCCUUGUCUUAUGUGCCCCCUCCGCCGCCUUCAUUGACAGUCUCGAGGAUCACAAAAGCGCGAAUGGAAUGGGGGCUACGCUACCCAUCUUCUCCUUCUACGAGAUCACCACUGCUAGUGACCGGUCUCUAA